AUGCCGAAAAACCUGGCAACAUACGAACUACUUCGCACACAGGAGAAUGAAGAGAUCAUCCUCAGACUUAGCCAAGUUCAUGGUUUCAGACUCUUCAACGCCAGCGACCUGGCACGAGAAAUCAAGGCGAAACCUACCAUAACCCGAUAUAAUACCGGCUGCCAAGGCUGGUGUAACCCAGCGAGAUACACUAAACUCAUCUGCUGUGCGAACUGUGGUGUUCGAAAGGACUCAUAUGAAGGAUUACAAGGGUUCAAUUGUAUAACAAAAGCGCAAUGCACCAAUUACUUCGGAUUAUUUGUAGCAAGACACCAGAACUGCCUAGUGGCACCCAAAGUGGUGGGUGAUAGAGUCAUUGCAUCUAUCAGGCCCCAACUCAAGGCUAUCCGAAAACCAGCCCUGGUAUUGGAAACGGUGAUACUUGCUAAUCAGAAGGCAAAAGAGGAUUCAAAGGAAGGACCUAUCUCAGUCAUAUCUAUCCCGGCACAAAAACACCUGGGGGUACAAAUCUUCACAUACAAAAAAGCAACAAAAGCUCAAACCACCCCAGACCAAACAACAACUCAACCUAUAAGAAACAUUGCUGCAGUAAACCAACCAAAACAGAAACCCUCAAUGAAAACAAGACUCAAUGAGGAGACCUUAGCUGAUAGCUAG